AUGUCAGCGGACCAGCAACCUCUCCGCAUAGCCAUUGGCUGCGACGAUGCGGGCGUCUCGUACAAAAAGGCCAUCAUCAAAGACCUAGAAGCCGAUUCCCGCAUUGCCUCUGUAACCGACGUCGGCGUCCCUGAAAACAGCGACAAGACAGCGUACCCACAUAUCGCCGUCGAUGCCGCCAAACUCGUCGCAGAGGGCAAAGCAGACCGUGCAGUCCUCAUCUGCGGCACCGGUCUUGGUGUGGCCAUCUCGGCGAACAAAGUGCCUGGUAUCAGGGCUGUGACAGCACACGAUAGCUUCUCAGUAGAACGUGCGAUUCUGUCAAACGACGCGCAAGUGCUAUGCAUGGGUGAGCGAGUUGUUGGAAUUGAACUCGCGAGGAGGUUAGUCAAGGAGUGGGUGGGAUAUCGAUUCGACAAGAGCAGUGCUAGUGCGAAGAAGGUGGAGGCUAUCAUGGAGUACGAAAGGGAGAAUUACAAGGGUUUGGUUGAAGAUCAAGGGAAGAGCAAAGGGUGCUGA